CGCAAAAGGCACACCUUCUUUUAAGGGUUUGACUAUCGUGCCAAUCCUGUGGCAUGGACCAAAUAAUCAGAUUACGACAAUCAAAGAGGCGCUGUCGCUCGCAUCACUCUUACCGGAUGCUAGGGUGGCGCUACCGGACCUUGAGGAGCACAGGUUCUCAGACCAUGCAGCACACCACAUGGCCAUCAGAGAGCUGUUUGACCUGGACCUGCUGCGCUCCUUUAACGUGACUUUCAUCCAGUUGCACGAGCUGCGCAAGCAUUGGAAUGGCCAGCUGGACAUGCUGCUGUACUUCCGCGAUGACGCAUUCCCUGCCGUGCGGCGACUGGUCGACAAGCACAUGGGCCUGAAGCCGCCCCGGCAGGAGGGCUGGGUGCGCUCGCCGGUCAGCGUGGAGCGGGGCUGCAGUGCUGAGAAGGUGGAGGAGCUGCGGGCCAUGCUCGCGUCCCGGCCGUACCGCUAUGUGGCCAUGAUAUCCUACGACGAUUUUGCCAUGGAAACACACAAGCUGGCAGGCACUCUGCUGUACGACUGCGGGCAGGACCUGUGCUGCGCUGCCUACAAGGCGCGCAGCCCGCUGCUGCGCAAGUCUCCGCACGUGUACGAGCUCGCGGGAAACUUCAUCCGUGACAAAAUUGGAAAGCACAACAAGUUCAUUGCGGCGCACAUCCGGCCCAUGCCCGACGACUGUGUGGAGUUGUGGAAACGUCCUGAAGAGGAUUUAGAUCCCAAGCAGCUGGAGGAAAUCUGCCGCACCGACUUCAUGUACUACAGGUUUGUGUCCAACCUGCAAGCGCUGCAGCGCAAGCACAACAUCUCCACCGUGUUCAUCAUGACGCAUCCGGUCAUCCGGCCGCGCGUGUUCCGCAUGCUCAAGGCGGGCGGCAUCAGCCCUGUGUACAUGGACAUGGCGGAGCUCAACGCCAGCCUGCACCGCCAGCCCAGCCCGCAGCAGCAGCAGCAGCAGGCCGGCCGCGGCCCCCGCAUCACCACGCCGCUGUCGGUGUCGCUGCUGGCGGUGGUGGAGGAGGCGGUGUCGGCGGCGGCGACCGUGUUCCUGGGCACCGCGGAGAGCAGCAUGACGGGCAUGAUCGUGCAGGAGCGGCUGGCACGCGGCACGGCGCCCGCCUCCAGCUACUACAUGUCCAGCGCCCCCGAGUGCGCCGAGCUGCCCUGCCCCCUGCCCCGAUACUACGCCACCGGCUAUGAGGAGCGCCUGCGUGGCAAGGAGUGGGCGGGGGGGCGCCACACACACCGCGCCGCGCCGCCGCCGCUGCGCGCGGGGGCCGUGGCGCAGGAGGAGGACUGGGCGGAAGGGGAAGGGGAAGGGGGGGAGGGAGGGGCGGAGGAAGUGGAAGGGGAAGGGGAGGAGGGGGAGGAGGGCGGUGGCGGGCCAAGGGCCAGGCGCAGGGAUGAAGAUAGCAGCGAGGAGGAGGAGGAUGCAAUAGAGGGAGAGCGAGUAGCAGGUCGCAGCGCGGAAGAGGAGGAGGCUGUCCAAGGCAGUGGCCGGAGCGUGCGUGGCCGUAAGAGGCGGAGAGAGGACGAGCCAGCACAUGAAGGAGAGGAGGAGCAGGGGGAGGUGGAGGCAGCGGAAGCGGACGCAGGUGCCUCAGAGGAGGAAGAGGAGGAGGAGCUUAGGCUCAGCCUGGCGCGGAGACAGUUGUCCAGGCCGCGUUGGGCUGUUGCUAGAAGAGGCACUGCUAGAGCACGUCGCUGGCUGACCGUGGCGGCAAGAGCGAAGCGGUGAUCUUCUGAGUCGAUCGUGCGUGACGCUUCAGGGGCUGUCGCAGUGUGAGUGACACGCGCGGUGGGUAGUGAGCAGCUGUUCUGUGAGCGGUCGGUGUGCCACCAUCGAGUUGCAGGUGGCAAAUUCAAUAGAUUGAGCCUUGCACUCUUGCCGUUCAAGGUGCCGGCUGUUUCCCUUGUGCUGCCCCUGAUACAAUACCAUGUUCACAUGUUGACAGUUUGGACACUUUCCU